AUGGAAGUCAUUAACCGCGCGCUUGACGAUGUGGAGCACGAGCUGAACGUCAGCGACCGCACAGUGCGGUCAAUGUCGUGGACCGGCAAAGUAAAGAACUGGUUCACCUCGAAGCCGCGGAAGCCGCAGAGUUGCGCCGGCGCCGGUGGCACAGCGGGCUCUGGCUCCGCGUCCGCGCCGUCAUCAUCAUCACCAUCAGCCGCCCCGCCCCGUCAGCAACGGCAACAAGAGCCGCGGCGCGUGGGAGAGGCAGGCGGCGGCGGCAGCAGCAGCAGCAACGGCGAGACCGGGACGAGCAACGGUCACCUCAGCAAGGAGGAGGACAAGCUGCUCGAUACGCUGCUCAACAGUGUGGGCGCCAUGCGGGAGCAGGCAUCACUGCAGGGCGAACUUCUCGCGGGACACAACCGGCGCCUGGACGAGAUGUCUGCAAAGACCGAUGCAGUUCGCGGUCACAUGGAGCGCACUGACCGCAGCGUGAGGAAGCUCCUCUAA